AUGCAUCGAGUUUUUUAUAUGGGUCAUUUAGUUCCUCAUGCUGAUCCAUUCUUUUUUAAGAUUAUUGAUUUUGACUAUGCAAAAGAUAAUCAUUGUGUCUAUCUACAUGGACAAUUUUUACCGACUGCUAAUGCCGUCAGUUUCGCUCCAUCCAGUCGAAUAUAUCCACCAGUUAUGACACCUGCUUAUGUUCAUCCAACGAUUUCACCCUCAAAUCAUAUGAUACCACCAAUGCAUCCAUCUAAUCAUUCAAUAACACCAAUACAUCACCCAUACCAUAUGACGACAACACCAACUCAUCAACCAAAUCAAAGUGUUGUAGGAGGAUAUCUUAGAAGUAACGAUUCAGUUCAUAGUUGUAUCUUAAUAUAA